AUGAUCAUGAAGAUUUGCCUCUACUGGUGUGUGCUGCUUCUUGUCAGCUCUACGUCCGCCUUCGUGGAUCGGGAUUUGAAGUUGGGCAAUCAGGACCCAUCGUCGCCAGCUAAUCUCGCUCCUCCGGUCCUCACAUCGACCAUAACCGUGACUCCGACCGUCAUUGCCACAUCCUUGGUGCAAAACAUCUUGCCAACCACCAUCACCGUCACAUCGGGUGUCAGCAACAUCAUCCCCAACAUCCCGCUCCCUUCUUCCUCCUCAGCCGGCACUCAGCAACAACCAUCACCAGUCCCACCGAGCAGUCCCUCCCACGGGCCUCCCUCUCCCCAGUCUCCCGUUCAAAACGCCCUGCCCAUCCCUUACAACUGUGCCAGCCCCGUGCCCGGCCUCUCCCCCCAGGACUGCACCUACCUUUCCACCAUCGGCAUCAUCUCGCAGGGACAAAACGCCCUUUCGGCCGCCUCAGGGACCGCGGGCAUCUACCUCGGCAUCAACGGCCCCAACACCUUCUCCUUCAUCAACGGGGCCUCGGUGCCUUUGAUCCUGGUGGUCUGGUACAACCCCGUAGAAGACGCACAGUCCUCGUUCAUGGACGCGCGCACCCCCAAGAUCACGUACUCGCUCCCUGCGCAGGGCAACGCGGUGGUGGUGUCGAUGGAUAACGAGGUUCCCGGCGGCUGGUCGACGCUGUACAACUAUACGACGACACUGACGGAGUACGGGCAGGUGAACAAUACGUUUGGCGAAUUCAACACGGGCUUGUUUGCCACGACGGAUGUAAGUCGACUGGUGAACAUGCAAGGACAUCCGAUGACGGUGGUGGUCCGGGGGAGCGGGUGUCGGUCGGACAUGCAGACUUGUGUGUACACGUGCAGUGAGCCGGGGGCCGUUACAUGCGGGAGGCAAAGGAGUUAUAUAUUGGAGAACUGCCAGGGCCAGCCGGGGGCGGUGGUGAGUAAUGAUGCAAAUGGGAAUCCGACGGGUGGAUGUCAGGGCUGGAGUAAUGGAGGGCAUGUUGAUGUCAUUUUCACUUGA